AUGGCUGGAGAAACCCUACGGCUUUAUACCGAGAGCUAUUGGGAGGUCUAUAAUCUUAUCCCAGAUUGUGAUCAAGGAGUCGCGGCUGAGUCUUUUAUGAACGGGUUGGAUCCAGCCUCGGCAAUGUUUCGUGACCUUUCACAUAACCCACCUAAGACAAUGGGAGAGCUCAUGACCAUAAUCGAGAAGCAUUGUGUUCACGAAGAAGCCAUGGCCGAGCGACAUACACCAAAGGCUCCAGAACCUGCCAAAACAACAACUGGACCGAAGAAACAAGUAGCGAACGUUCGCCAGGGGCAAGGAGGCCAGGGCAGUUCAGGCCAAACGACCAACAAGCCGAUCAACAAGGGUCGACCUCCGCAGCACCCCCAGCCACAAUCAUGGCAACAAACGAAGAGAGAACCACGGCCAGACGAGUACGUGGCCGAACAUACGGCAUUCACCGAACCUAUCUACAAACUCCUCAACAUCAUCGGUAAACUGCCAUUCUUUGUUUGGCCAAUAGUACUCUUAGGCACCGUCGGAAGCGGACCAGGGAUGUGUACAUAUCACAAGGAGCGCGGCCACUACACUACACAAUGCCAACCUUUUAAACGGUAUCUGGAAGAGCUCGCGGCAGCUGGGCAUCUAAAUCAGUGGAUUGACGUUCGGCGAAGUCCACUUCCUCCACCUCUACCGCUCAUUGGCAAUCUCGUAAGCGUUAUACAAGGACUGGUUUCCGAAGACAGGGUAGCCGAGCUUCGUUCAGAGAUUGACAGAGCCACCACCUCUUUGCCCAUUUGCAACGUCGGCAUUUCGAGAAAGCGACAAUGGGAAGAUCCGAGCCUCGGCAACCCUAUUACUUUUUCGUCUGACGACUUGAAAGGUGUGCAGCUCCCUCAUACGGAUGCCCUCGUUGUUACUGUUACUAUUGAUAAGUCAACCGUUCAGCGGGUAUUGAUAGAUCAAGGAAGCUCGGCAGACGUAAUGUUUUAUUCAACAUUUAAGAGCCUCGAAUUUUCUCUCGCUCAACUUCGGACAGCAUCCACUCCUUUCAUCAGUUUUACUGGAGCCCCGGUCUGGCCACUUGGAUUGAUCACUCUCCCUGUGCGGGCUGGAUCACGGGUUCUUGAGAUCGAGUUUGUGGUGGUCGCUUCUCCCAGCCCAUACAACGUAAUACUCGGCCGAACCUGGCUGCACGAGAUGAAGGCAGUCGCUUCUACCUUUCGCCAGGUGGUAAAAUUUGUUGGAUGGAAUGGUCGUCAGGAAAGCCUCCGAGGGGAUUAG